AUGCGAGCGAACGCGGUAGUAUUCCCUCAGCCAGUGGUAAAAAUAUAUCGGGUGUUACCUCCACCUCGAGAGGAUCUGGACGAUGUUCUUGCAAUCAUGUGGACUGGUCCAACUGCUCCAGUUUCAUCUGACUUCAAAAGGGUACCGUUUCUAGUUCGUCAAAAAGAAGUCUACGAGGCACUCUCAUGGUUAAAAGCUAAUCACUCUGAUUACGCGGAUGUGACCGUUUCACUUGAUAAUUUAAAGCAAUAUUCCGAUACAUUGCCUCCGGUUCACAUAUCUCACCUCUCAACUGAAGACACUGCAGAGCCACACAAUAUGGCGGUUUAUGAAGACAGCGAUGACGCUGCUGUCGAAGAUGGCCGAUGUCCUUUUACGGUUCAUGGUCUUAUGGGUGCAGACUUGGCGCAGAUGUCAAUGGAGCAGAGAAAGCAAGUAGCUCUCCAACAUCUAUACUCGGGAAACAAGGUACUCGCAAUUGGGACAGGGCAACAACCGAUGUCUAUUUAUGGUAAUCCUAAAUAUUUUCCAGCCAUGUUUCCAUGGUUGUUCCCAUAUGGCUUGGGAGGAUUUAGCAAUGAAUUUAUCAGAUCAAAUCUAGCACCAUCUCGAGAGCUUCAUGCUCGAUGGAUGCUGAUGUAUUAUGACAAGAGGAACAAAUUAGACAAGCAUCCAUGGCUGGAUAUCUCAUGA